CGGAAGUACAACGCUGUCGUGUCUUACCUGGUACUCCAUGGAGAACAUUAAAGAAAUGUAUGUGGGUUAUUAUAAGAGUCCGGACUCGACAGGGAUCGCUGCGAUCAAACUCGCUCGUACAGGUGUGACAGUCGACAGCGCUGCACAUGUGCGCCAGUCAGGCGCGGUGCAACCUAACUACCCCUCCGCGGAGCGACGGCUCCCUCAGCCAAUCACAACGCUCCGUCAGCCGGGACAGCCAAUCGGAAUUCGGGAUUACCAGAGGGACGAGCGCACGCACGCGGAAGUUCGUCUGUGUCGCCCUGUGUGUUGUCGGAGCGCAUCAUGAGGAGAAUCGUGCUCAGUUUGACUUAAAACAUGCUUCAAAUGUUUUAAUAUCUGAAGGGCAUCAUGAGCGGCGCGUGCAGGGAGGUGGUUACACUCCAGCUGGGGCAUUAUUCUAACUUUAUCGGGACGCACUGGUGGAAUUUGCAGGAUGCGGCGCUGGUCUAUGACUCAGAUCAGCCGGUGGGAGAGCUGCAGAGUGAUGUGUUGUUCAGAGAAGGUCUCACACUCGGUGGUCACGUCACUUACACACCGAGACUCAUCGCUCUCGACCUCAAAGGAAGUCUCCGGACGCUGAGGGAGGAAGGCAGUCUGUAUGACACCGAGGACAAGGGAUCUACCUUCACGUGGGAGGGACAGAUUAUGACCCAUAAAGAGAGUCCUCCCACUAAGAACUCCUUCCUGCGGGAGCUGGACGAGCUGGAGACGGGAGGUCUGCUGGCCGAGCCGGACUUCUGCCGUUCUUCCUCGGCUGUGGAUCACCGCUCGGGUACGACGGAAAAACUCACACGAACUCACGUGAGCGGCGCCGGGGCCUCUGUCGCCGUGGAGACGGUGAACGGCCGCCUGGAGCGGAUGCAGAAAUCCUAUUGGCUGGAGGGGAGCGUGAGGGUGUGGUCGGACUUCCUGAGGAUCCACCUUCACCCGCGCAGCGUUUCGGUCGUCAACCAGUACAACCACGACGGGGAGGCGGAGCGGCUGGAGGCGUUCGGCCAGGGAGAGGCGCUCUUACGGGGCCCGGCGCUCGACGACCUGGAGGACCGCCUGCACUUCUUCGUGGAGGAGUGCGACUAUCUUCAGGGUUUUCAGGUGCUCUGCGAUCUCGCCGACGGUUUCUCAGGCUUCGGGUCGAAGGUCACAGAGCUGCUGCGGGACUCGUACGGUGGGCGUGGCAUCCUGACGUGGGGCGUGGCACCUGUCAAUCACCCGGACGCGAGCUCCAUGAAGGACGUGUACCACAUGCUGAACUGUGCGCUGGGAACGCUCCAGAUGGCCAAUCACAGCUCGUUCUUCUGCCCUUUGACCCUGAGAGGCGGCUUCCUGAGACGGCCGGCUCCACCGACGGCCUUCCCGCUGCUCGACUGCGACCCGACGCUGUGGUAUCACUCCAGCUCGGUCCUGGCUCUGGCGCUCGACUGCAUGACGGCCUCGUACCGGCUCCGACACGGCGGCGCCCCCAUGUGGCAGCUCUCGGACGCUCUGACCGCCUCGGGGAGAAAGGUUGUCUCGGCGUACGGCUCCGUCCCGUUUCCCAUGAUGCACGGCGGCUGUCUCCCGGACGCUCUGGAUGCGUGCGCUGAUGCUUUGCCCUGGAGACCCAUAUCAGCGUGUCCCGAGCUCGCCGACGGCCGCUGCCUCGGCCAGGCAGUGACCCUCAGAGGUUUAGACGGACAGAGUUUAGUCAGUCCGUUGCUCCCCGGCACAGAGCCGCCUAGCUCUCUACACCUAGAGCGAUCAGGAGAGGAUGUUCUGACCGCUUACCUCAGGUCACAUUACCCAUCAACACCACUGGCGGUUCAGCUGCUCUCCAGCGCUAGUAAGGUCACUCCUCCGUUCCCGCAGAUCUUCAGCCCGAGUCUGAGUCCUCAGGGCUUCCUCCAGAACCAGAACCCAAGCGCUGCUGAUUACACUCCCUCUCCGCCGCUGCGGUGUCUUCCUGUGCUGACCUCUCUUCAGUCCAGUCCUGCCGUGGGUCUCCAGCAGUCUGAGCUCCAGAAAGCGUGCGCUGCACUGGAUCUGCGGCGUGUGGCCCCCAGCUUCCUGUCCCAUGGCCCCGAGCCGGCCGAGGUGUCCGAGUCCAUGGAGCAGCUCCGGAGCCUGGCGCACUGCUACCGCCUCGACCGCUGCCACUCUUCAUCAGACGAGGAUGAUGAGGAUGACUAGGAGCUCUCCGGCGGACGCUCUUCCUCGCACCGCCGAGUCGGCCCCGGGCCCCGAAGCUGCGCUCGCGGCAUGCUGCCUCCAGGAAAUGAUGAGCGUGCCCUUCAGAAAGAAAGAUGAAGAAAAGCGUGCCGUGAGAAGAAACGAGGUGGAUGUGGUGCCUGUGUAUAUAAACCUCAUUCAGCCUGCUUUUUUACAGAGAAACUGUGCGAAGGAGUCCCAGCUGAAAAUAAAUAAAAAGUAUUAAUAUGCACUAAGAGUUCAGAUGCAAGAGUGCUAAUGAGAAGAACCUAUUUCUUGCCGUUAAAGUGGAAUAUAUAUAGAAACGCUCGUUUCUGAAGAAAAUUUUAAAUGGCACUUAAAGGCUUUUGCAUCUGAACCCACCAUUUGUAAGUUAGUACUCUCUAACGGUUAGCCAUGAUUAAUAGCAUCCAAAAAAAUAAACGUUUUUGAUUGCACAAUA